AUGCUCUUUGACUUUUCAGUCGCUCCCUCGGCUUUCGGCAUCUCAGACCUCAGUGUAAGUUUGAGUCCUCCAACCCUUCUACUCUACGAGUCCCCCAACCCUUCCACUCUACGAGUCCCCCAACCCGUCCACUCUACGAGUCCUCCAACCCUUCCACUCUACGAGUCCCCCAACCCUUCCACUCUACGAGUCCUCCAACCCUUCCACUCUACGAGUCCUCCAACCCUUCCACUCUACGAGCCCUCCAACCCGUCCACUCUACGAGUCCUCCAACCCUUCCACUCUGCGAGCCCUCCAACCCUUCCACUCUACGAGUCCUCCAACCCUUCCACUCUACGAGCCCUCCAACCCUUCCACUCUACGAGCCCUCCAACCCGUCCACUCUACGAGUCCUCCAACCCUUCCACUCUGCGAGCCCUCCAACUCUUCUACUCUACGAGUCCUCCAACCCUUCCACCCCUUCCACUCUACGAGCCUUCCACUCUACGAGUCCUCCAACCCUUCCACUCUACGAGCCCUCCAACCCGUCCACUCUACGAGUCCUCCAACCCUUCCACUCUACGGGUCCUCCAACCCUUCCACUCUACGGGUCCUCCAACCCUUCCACUCUACGGGUCCUCCAACCCUUCCACUCUACGGGUCCUCCAACCCUUCCACUCUACGAGCCCUCCAACCCUUCCACUCUACGAGCCCUCCAACCCGUCCACUCUACGAGUCCUCCAACCCUUCCACUCUACGAGUCCUCCAACCCGUCCACUCUACGAGCCCUCCAACCCUUCCACUCUGGGAGCCCUCCAACCCUUCCACUCUGCGAGCCCUCCAACCCUUCCACUCUACGAGUCCUCCAACCCUUCCACUCUACGAGUCCUCCAACCCUUCCACUCUGCGAGCCCUCCAACCCUUCUACUCUGCGAGCCCUCCAACCCUUCCACUCUACGAGUCCUCCAACCCUUCCACUCUACGAGUCCUCCAACACUUCCACUCUACGAGCCCUCCAACCCUUCCACUCUACGAGUCCUCCAACACUUCCACUCUACGAGUCCUCCAACACUUCCACUCUACGAGUCCUCCAACCCUUCCACUCUGCGAGUCCUCCAACCCUUCCACUCUGCGAGUCCUCCAACCCUUCCACUCUGCGAGUCCUCCAACCCUUCCACUCUACGAGUCCUCCAACCCUUCCACUCUACGAGUCCUCCAACCCUUCCACUCUGCGAGCCCUCCAACCCUUCCACUCUACGAGUCCUCCAACCCUUCCACUCUACGAGUCCUCCAACACUUCCACUCUACGAGCCCUCCAACCCUUCCACUCUACGAGUCCUCCAACACUUCCACUCUACGAGUCCUCCAACACUUCCACUCUACGAGUCCUCCAACCCUUCCACUCUGCGAGUCCUCCAACACUUCCACUCUGCGAGUCCUCCAACCCUUCCACUCUGCGAGUCCUCCAACCCUUCCACUCUACGAGCCCUCCAACCCUUCCACUCUGCGAGCCCUCCAACCCUUCCACUCUGCGAGCCCUCCAACCCUUCCACUCUACGAGUCCUCCAACCCUUCCACUCUACGAGCCCUCCAACCCUUCCACUCUACGAGUCCUCCAAGACUUCCACUCUACGAGUCCUCCAACCCUUCCACUCUACGAGUCCUCCAACCCUUCCACUCUACGAGCCCUCCAACCCUUCCACUCUACGAGUCCUCCAACCCUUCCACUCUACGAGUCCUCCAACCCUUCCACUCUACGAGUCCUCCAACCCUUCCACUCUACAAGCCCUCCAACCCUUCCACUCUACGAGCCCUUCCACUCUACGAGUCCUCCAACCCUUCCACUCUACGAGCCCUUCCACUCUACGAGUCCUCCAACCCUUCCACUCUGCGAGUCCUCCAACCCUUCCACUGAUGCACUGA